UCCCCGAAAAAAAGAGAUAUUUUCUCCAAAAUCUCAAAAACAUGGCUUCUAGACUGCAAUCGCAGUCUUCUUUUGACAAAAUUCGUAACGAACUCAUCUGUUCUAUAUGUCUAGAUCCCUUCGAAGACCCCAAGAUCUUACCUUGCUUUCAUACCUUCUGUAAAAAGUGCUUGGAAGAUACGAAGAGGUCUUGUAGGGGUGCUCUUUUGUGUCCAACAUGUAGGAGCAAGACCAACGUUUUUCUAGAAAGUGAGGUGGAAAAACUUCCAAAUAACUUCUUGGUUCGUAAUAUAAUGGAAACUCUGGCAGAAGAAGAAAAAGCUUACGUCUGCAUUUGUACAAAUUGUGAUGAUAAUAUCGCCGCAAGAUGGAAGUGUCUGGAUUGCAGGAGGUUUCUCUGUGAUUCUUGUUAUGAGGAGCAUAACGAAUCGUCUCUUUUUAGAGAUACUCACAGAUUAAGAGAUGUUGAUGAGCAUGAAGACUUCGAAGAGGCGAACUCUAGUGUGUUUUCUAGUGGUUCGUUUGAGAAGGAAGCGAGGGAAUUUCCAAUGAUGAGUUGUGAGAAACACUUGGACAAAGAGUGCGAGCUGUAUUGCAAGGACUGUAAGAAGUGCGUUUGUACUGUUUGCUUUGCUGUUGAACACAGAAACCAUGAAAUGGGAAUGAUGAAUGAUGUUGCAAAUGAACAAAAGGAUGUAAUCAGAAAAUUGCUUGCGACGACACAGAUAACGACAAAGGAUAUCCAAAAGACCAUUGAAGAGAUAGGCACAACAAAUGCAAAUAUUGAGCAGCGCCACCAUGAUCUUGCCUGUCAUGUUGAAGCUACAGUUGCUGAAAUAAUACAUACAACUCAACAGAAAGCCACUGAGUUGUAYUUGCAAUUAGAUGAAGCUAAGGCGCAGAGAUUUAAAGUAAUAGAAGCACAGAAAAUGUAUCUGGAGUUAGAAAAGUUAAAGCUGGAAGGUGCAUGCCAGUUUGCUAAUGAGGUUCUUUCCUGUGAGAAUCCAGCUCAAGUUUUGUCAUGGAAUGAGCAGCUACUGAAGCGAAUGGAUGAACUGAACCACGAAUCGUACCAAGAGAUCUCUCCUGAAGUGAAUGAAUUUAUUGACUGUAGCUUUGAUAUCACAGAUUUUAAAAGGUGCAUCAGUARAGCAUCAGUGUUGUCAAGCAAUACCAUCCCUAGCAACACAAAACUCACAACUAAAACUAUCGCCGUUGAAGGAAAGGAAACAAGUCUUGAAUUGAUGACCAUGGACAGGGAUGGGAAUCUUUCUUACAGUCCUUUAGAUAAAGUUAAAGUUAAGCUAUUCAAUCCUAAAGGUGAAGAAGUAGAUCUUACACCACUGGCAGACCUCCAAGAUGGGAGAUAUGCAACCUCAUUCAUUCCUCAAGAACCAGGAAACCACAGAGUUCUGCUCAYGAUAAGAGAAAAUCAAGCUUGGAAGACACCUCUGCCAGUUUAYGUCUCAAGAGACUACAUGAUGACCCACCAUGCAAUCCAUGGCUUUGGUACUAAGGGGGGAAGAGAAGGGGAAUUGUCUGGCCCUUGUUUUGCGGCAGUAGAUGAAGACGAAAACAUCUUGGUUGCAGAAUCACAAAACAACCGUGUACAGMUUUUUGAUUCAUUGGGGAAUGUCAAGAAAGUCUUUGGACAAGARGGUAAAAAUCUUGGUGAGUUCAGAUGCCCAACAGCGACUGGGUUCUUAAAAGAUGGAUCGUUGGUUGUCCUUGAUUCUUAUAACUCCAGGGUGCAGAUCUUAAGUCUUGAAGGUGAUGUGCCAAUAAGAAGUUUUGGCAAAGAAGGCAAGGGAACCAAGGAGCUUUAUUACCCAUUAGGCUUAUCAGUUGACGAAAAGAACAGAAUCAUUGUUGCUGACACUGGCAACAAUGCUAUCAAAGUGUUCAACCCAAACGGAGACUUGAUUUCAGUUUUUGAAUCGAACGAAGAAGAAAAGUUGAAUAAUCCUCUGUCUGCAGUUUAUUCAAGAGGGCAGUUCAUAGUAGCAGACUCAAGAAAUAACUGCAUCAAAUUCUUUUUCGAGGAUGGAAGCUUGUUGCACACUCUCACUUCUAUUAAUCAUGAAAGAAUCAGUGGUCCUUGCCAUGUAUCAACAGAUAAGAAUGGUUUUCUUUUCAUAUGUGAGAAAGGGCGUCAUGAYAUCAAGGUGCUUGAUCAAGAAGGAAAGCUGCUUAUGGUCUUYGGUACAAGAGGAACAACAGAAGGGUAUCUCAUGAACCCUCAAAGUGCUGUGGUUACAAAAUCUGGAAAAGUAGUUGUAGCUGAUUGGGGGAACAAUAGGAUACAAGUUUUCUAUUGAGAUGAGGUUAAAUAUCCAUUCAAAAUUGAGGGUGACACCAUAAAGUCCAGCAUUCAAUGCAGUCAACUGCUGUUAUAAAAAUAAACCAUGAAAAUGAUGGGUAACUUCUGGGCUUGGUUGUACGAAGGAUGAAUAACACUAUCCAACAGAUAAAUCCUAUCCUGACCACAGCAUGGACUUAUCCACUGAAUAAGGAUUUAUUUGUUGGAUAGCGCUGUUCACCCUUCGUCUGGCCCUGAUUGCUUUGGUAACUUAACAUAAGCAAUUUAAUAAUAAAGAACGAUCUGCACCAUACAGUACGUGGUUGGUAAGUGGUCGUUAAGUAGUUGGUAAGUGGUCAUUAAGUAGUUGGUAAGUGGUCGAUAAGUGGUCGGCAAGGUAAAGGUAAAAUACGGACGGUAAUAGUAAGUGGUUGGCAAACAGAGUUAGGAUUCUUUGAUGCUCAGGGUACUUAGUCUCAAUUKUGUGUGGAAUGUUUCAAUGUUCCAGUUAAGGUCAAUGGAAUUUUGAAGUGUUUGUAUUGUUGAAGACAUGCAUUUUCUACCUUACUGUGGUAUUUGUGAAUGUUCUGUUGCUGAAGCGAGGCUAACCCUGAGUAAAUGAGUCUGUAAUCACGGGAUACAGUAAUAUUGUCUAUUUUACUUUUGCUAAGUUUUUAAAAAAAAUUUUAAAAUAUUAGCUAAAGUAAAAGUUAAGCACUUCUGUCAGGGUACCCUUUGACAGCUAAGAUGAAAGAUGGAAAACAGGCAAUUUGUUGUGUUAUCUAUUAAGCUUUGUAGUUAAAGUGCAUAUGCCAUAUAUCAUUGAAAAAUGUAACUUACAAUAUCGUACAAAUUAGUGCAAAGUCUUGCAGGUCUACGGUCUGCUGAGGUCUACUGAACUUUCUAGUUUGUGCAUGAAGUCUUUUUAUGAAUAUAUGGUGCACUCUAAUUAAAAAUAAAAAACCUAGUUAAAAUUGACAA